CAACAACUACAACUACUACUAGUCAACUACAAUCAUUCUUCUACAUAUAAUCUUAUUUCUUCUUACAUCAAGAAAAUGAGUAUUGAUUUUGCUUUUGUCAUGGGUCUAAUGGUCUUAACCGUAACCUUCUUAACAUAUCAUUCUCAAGCCCAAAGCACACCACAAGACUAUCUUGCAGCUCAUAAUGCAGCUAGGGGGAAUGUAAGUGUUGGUAUGGUGACUUGGGACAACAACCUCGCAACCUAUGCCAUGAACUAUGCAAAACAGAGAGCUGGAGACUGUAAACUCAUCCAUUCAGAUGGACCCUAUGGCGAGAAUAUUGCUUGGGGUAGUACUUCUACCUUCACAGCGGUUGAGCUAGUAAAACUUUGGAUUGCAGAAAAAUCAUACUACAACUAUGGAGCAAAUACGUGCAACACAGGGAAAGAAUGUGGGCAUUACACCCAAAUAGUUUGGAGAGAAUCUGUUCGUGUGGGUUGUGCUAGAAUAGUAUGUAACAAUGGGGGUACGUUUGUCGUUUGCGAAUAUGAUCCUCCAGGUAAUUGGGACGGUGAAUACCCUUACUAAUGAAGAAACCUGACAGAUCUCGUCGUAGAUUAUCACUUAUGCAGUUAUGCUGCUUCAUAAUCCUUUAAUUAUUUAUGUUCCAUUUUUUCACUCAACUAGGAAAGUCCACCUGUAAGAAUACAGUAAGGGUCGGGACUCGGGAGCAUC